AUGGCAAUCCCAGAAGAAACCCGCAUCGAAGGCAGCGAGGUUAGCCUGGACGAUUCCGAAAACUCGAAUGCAGCCGGCCACAGCAAUGAACCUCCAGACAGAACUGCCCAGUCCGGCGUCCGAGAUAUCGAGGCCACGACGGUAGCAUGGACCACCAACGCCCUGAUUUUCGCCUAUGUCAUGCUCUGGAUCACUUACUUCGUGGAGGGAAUGCUCGGGGGCGUCACAGCUGCCCUGAACCCAUAUGUCACUUCUGCCUUCGCCCUCCACUCGCUCACGCCAACCGUCGGUGUCUUGAGCAGCGUUAUCGGCGGCGUCACCAAUCUCACCCUCGCCAAGAUCCUCGACGUGUUUGGCCGACCCCAAGGAUAUCUGUUCUGCGUUUCCCUUGCCACGGUAGGGCUCAUUAUGAUGGCGGCGUGCAACAGUGUCGAAUCCUACGCCGCCGCACAGGUAUUCUACACGGUUGGCAACAACGGUCUCCAAUACAGUCUGUCUGUCUUUGUCGCCGACACAUCCAAGCUCCGCAACCGAGGCCUGAUGCAAGCUAUUGUCAGUACGCCGAAUUUGAUCACUUGCUGGUUAGCUGGCCCCAUCUCAACGGGUUUCCUAAAUGGGCCGGGCUGGCGCUGGGCUUUUGGCAUGUUCACGAUUCUUGUGCCGGCUGUGGCGCUCCCUCUCUGGGGCCUCCUCUUGAAGAACUACUUUAAGGCCAAGAAUCUAGGUCUCAUCUCGAAGAGCAACAGUCAACCAAAUUCCUUACAGUCGGUUCUCCACUACUGCUGCGAAUUCGAUGCCAUUGGCCUCCUUCUGAUUUCUGCUGGCUUCGCUCUCUUUCUCUUACCCUUCGAUCUUUACACUUUACAGGCGAAAGGCUGGGACUCGGCUCUUGUUAUUAGUAUGCUGGUCAUCGGGGUUGCUCUAAUCAUUACUUUUGUCAUAUGGGAGAAGUUCUUUGUCUCGACCACCUUCAUGCCCUACUCUCUUCUCCUGGACCGCACUGUUUUCGGUGCUUGCAUUCUAUCUGCGACACUAUUUAUCAGCUACUACUGCUGGGCGAGCUUCCUCGGUUCUUUCUUGCAAGUUGUAAACGGCCUGAGUGUCACAGAUGCGAGCUACGUUCAGCAAACUUAUACAGUUUGUUCUGUUCUCUGCUCCGUGGGUGUGGGCGCCUUUAUCCACUAUACCGGACGUUUCAAGCCCGUCUGCCUUUAUGUUGGAAUGCCCUUGAGUAUCCUUGGUGUGGGCCUCAUGAUAAACUUCCUCGGGCCGAGUGGCAACAUUGGUUAUAUCGUUAUGUGUCAGAUUUUCCUUUCGGUCGGCUCCGGUAUUGUUGUCAUCUGCGAUGAGAUUGCUAUACUGGCGGCUGCUUCACAUCAGCAUACUGCCGUUUGUAUCGCCGUGUUGUCAAUGUUUGCUAGUGUGGGGGGGGCCAUCGGCCUGACGAUUGCCUCGGCCAUCUGGCAAGAUAUCUUCCCCAAGAAGCUUGCGGACUACCUUCCGGCGAAGGAUCUCCCGGAUCUCCUCUUGAUCUAUGCGGACCUCAGCACUCAAUUGUCAUACCCGAUGGGCUCAGAUACUCGUCUCGCAAUACAGCAUGCCUACGCAGAUGCCCAAAAAAUGUUGUUGACUGCAGGGACCGCUGUGUGGGUUGCCGGUGUGAUCGGGGUCCUUCUGUGGCGCAAUAUCAACGUGAUUGGCAUCCGGCAAACUAAAGGUCAUGUUUGGUGA